CUGCAGGGUGGUGAAAGAAGAGAUCUCGGAUGACAAUGCCAAACUUCCCUGCUUCAACGGCCGGGUGGUAUCGUGGCUGGUGUCUGCAGAGGGUUCCCAUUCAGAUGCUGGCUCAGUCUGUGCUGACAACCAAACAGAGCUGCCACCCUCCAUGGAGCGUACGGGAGGAAUUGGAGACUCCAGGCCCCCCUCUUUCCACCCUAAUACUGGAGGGAGUCGGGAAAACUUGGACAAUGAGACAGAGACAGAUUCAGUGGUGUCAUCGCAAAGGGAACGACCUCGUCGGAAAGAUGGGCCUGAGCAUGCACCCAGGGUGAAUGGGACAGUGAAAGGAGAGCGGCGUCGAGAUCUGGGCGGGUACGAGAGCUCCUCCACACUCAUGAGCAGUGAGCUGGAAACCACCAGCUUCUUUGAUUCCGAUGAAGAUGACUCCACCAGCAGGUUUAGCAGUUCAACAGAGCAAAGCAGUGCUUCCCGUCUGAUGAGGAGGCACAAGCGACGCCGGCGGAAACAGAAGGCUCCACGCAUUGAGCGGUCAUCGUCCUUCAGCAGCAUCACAGACUCCACCAUGUCCCUGAACAUCAUCACAGUCACACUGAACAUGGAGAAAUACAACUUCCUGGGCAUUUCCAUUGUGGGACAGAGCAAUGAGCGUGGGGAUGGAGGCAUUUAUAUUGGCUCUAUCAUGAAGGGUGGCGCUGUGGCAGCUGAUGGCAGGAUUGAGCCAGGAGACAUGCUCUUGCAGGUAAAUGACAUCAACUUUGAGAACAUGAGCAACGACGAUGCUGUGCGGGUGCUGAGGGAGAUUGUGCACAAGCCGGGGCCCAUCACCCUGACAGUGGCCAAGUGCUGGGAUCCCAGCCCCCGAGGCUGCUUCUCAUUACCCAGGAGUGAGCCCAUCCGGCCCAUCGACCCAGCAGCCUGGGUGUCUCACACGGCAGCGAUGACUGGCACCUACCCAGCGUACGGUAUGAGUCCAUCCAUGAGCACAAUCACUUCCACCAGCUCCUCCAUCACCAGCUCCAUCCCAGAGACUGAACGCCUCGAUGACUUUCACCUGUCCAUCCACAGUGACAUGGCCACCAUUGUCAAAGCCAUGGCCUCACCAGAGUCAGGCCUGGAAGUGCGUGACCGCAUGUGGCUGAAGAUCACCAUCCCCAAUGCCUUCAUUGGUUCAGAUGUGGUGGAUUGGCUCUAUCACCACGUGGAGGGCUUUACAGACCGUCGUGAAUCCCGCAAAUAUGCCAGCAAUCUGCUGAAGGCUGGCUACAUCCGACACACCGUGAACAAGAUCACCUUCUCAGAGCAAUGCUAUUACAUCUUCGGAGACCUCUGUGGAAACAUGGCUAAUCUGUCUCUUCAUGACCACGAUGGCUCCAGUGGUGCCUCUGAUCAGGACACUUUGGCUCCACUCCCCCACCCAGGAGCCGCACCCUGGCCCAUGGCUUUCCCGUAUCAGUAUCCACCACCUCAUCCAUAUAACCCCCACCCCGGCUUCCCUGACCCAGGCUACAGCUACGGCGGGGGCAGCGCAGGCAGCCAGCACAGUGAAGGGAGCCGGAGCAGCGGUUCCAAUCGCAGCGGCAGCGAGAGGAGGAAGGAGAGAGAGAAGACCGGGGAGUCCAAGUCAGGCGGCAGCGGGAGCGAGUCAGACCACACCACGAGGAGCAGCAUGCGGCGUGAGCGCGCGGCCAGCGAGCGCUCGGUGCCCGCCAGCCAGCACAGCCAGCGCAGCCAGCACUCCCUGGCUCACAGCAUCCGCAGCCACCACAGCCAGCAGUCCUACGGGCCGCCUGGCCUCCCCCCUCUCUUCAGUCCCCCCAUGUUGCUGAUGCCUCCACCGCCGUCAGCCAUGGGGCCCCCCGGGGCGCCGCCGGGCCGUGACCUGGCUUCUGUGCCCCCCGAACUGACAGCCAGUAGACAGUCCUUCCGAAUGGCCAUGGGCAACCCCAGUGAGUUCUUUGUGGAUGUAAUGUGAAGCGCCCAUCCCCUGUCUGUCUGCUGCCCCUCCUUCCCCCCUCCAUCCCCGUCGUUUGUCUCCUAGGACCAGCCCUGGCUUCACCCCUUGUUUUUUG